AUGAACCAGGAACCAGACACCCGCGACGUCCCCCCUGAUCACGCCACGACGUUCGAACACAUCAAAGAACAGCUUCUCAUAGUCUGGCAGGCGGUCUUGUAUAUCGUGGAAGCGCUCUUCUUCCUCUUCCUUUGGACCCCUGUCCCCAACCGCAUCAUCUGCUACCUCUUCAAGUGCGUUCCUCCUGUCAAAGAUGCGGUGCCGGGCUUUCAGGUGCACUCCGCCUCGUUCUCCGAACAUGUCCCCUCCAACUACACUCCUGGCCUUAUGUAUGGAUAG